UGUGUUCUACAAAUUGAGUGCAAUCGAGGCUGUGCCUGGACCCAGGUCUGUGAGUUAAACAUGGGAGACCAGAGAUCAGUCCAGCCCCUCCUGCACCUGCUGCUGCUCCUGUUGCUCCUCGGCAGGAUGUCACAACUGUGGGCUUUCCCCUUCAGCCCGUCCCUGGACCUGGAUGUCACUCCCAGGACUACUAUCUUCUCCAAAGGUCUGUUGGGCAGCACCCGUUUCACCGGCUCUUCCCAGAACUACAGCACCCUGCUGCUGGAAGAGGAGGCCGGGCUGCUGUACGUGGGAGGCAGAGGAGCUCUCUAUGCACUCAACACCUCCGACAUAUCCACACUUGGAAACCUCACAAUUGAUUGGGAUGCUUCCCCUGAACAGAAGAAGCAGUGUCUAAACAAAGGCAGAGACAAUCAGACAGAGUGUUACAAUCACAUCCGCUUUCUGCAGCGAUACAAUGAGACUCACCUGUACGUCUGUGGAACAAAUGCCUUCAGACCUCUUUGUGCUUAUAUAGAUGCAGAGCGGUUCAGCUUCUCUUCAGGCUUUGAGGAAGGUAGAGACAGAUGUCCAUAUGACCCAGCAAAAGGAUACACUGGCCUCAUCGUAGACGGUGAGAUGUUCACGGCCUCUCAGUACGAGUUUCGCAGCUCUCCAGAUGUGCGCAGAAACUUCCCCUUCCCCACCCUCAGGACAGAGGAGGCCCCUACCCGGUGGCUUCUGGAGGCAGAUUUUGUGGGCUCUGUACUGCUGAAAGAGAGCAUCAACAGCUCUAUCGGUGACGACGACAAGAUUUACUUCUUCUUCACGGAGAGAAGCCAGGAGCAGAUUGCCUACCCGAGCCAGACCAAGGUGUCCAGGGUUGCCCGAGUCUGCAAGAAUGACUGGGGCGGCCAGAGGACCCUGCAGAGGAAGUGGACCACCUUUCUCAAGGCCAGAAUGGUGUGUUCAGUCCCAGAAUAUGAGCUGCACCUCAAUAUCCUGCGCAGUGUGUUUGUCCUGCAGGGUCGAGACGCUCAAAGCAGCAUUUUCUAUGGUGUCUUCGGCCUGGAAUGGAAGAAUAUCAAAGCAUCUGCUAUCUGCCAGUACGCCUUCUCAGACGUGCAGAAGGCAUUCGAGGGGCCGUUCAUGGAGGUGCAGGACUCAAAGUGGAGGGAGUACACCGGGAAAGUUCCAGAGCCAAGACCUGGAUCUUGUAUAACAGAUCUGCACAGGUCCCAGGGCAUCAACUCAUCUCGAGACCUCCCAGACAAUGUCCUCACUUUCGCCAGAAGGCACCCGCUGAUGGCCAGCCAGGUGCACCCAAUCGGGGUGCGCCCACUCAUGUUCAAGAGGAGUGUCAACUAUGUGAAGAUAGCCGUGCACAAGGAACCAGCACUGGAUGGGAACAUUUACACUAUUCUGUUUUUGGGAACUGGUCAAACCUAACCCAGGAUAUCUUGAGAGGGAUCAGGGGCUGUAAAGAGAAUUCAGGAAAUGUGGUCCAUCGGAGGCGUUCUGUGAUGGCAGGUGACGAUGUGCUGCUCCAGUGCGAACUGCGUUCCAACCUGGCAACUCCGCGCUGGACGCUAAACGGCAAAGAGCUCCAGGGAUACGGCCUCAAUUCGGGCUACCGCAUCGGCACAGAUGGCCUCCUCAUAAUCGGAGCUCGUGCCCAACAGGGCGGGUCUUAUCGCUGCUUUGCUGUCGAGAACUCCGUCUCGGUCCUGGUUUAUCUUUACACAGUCAGGGUGCACACAGACUCGUACUUCCCCGUGGAGCCCACAGCCACAACCAACCCUACUACGGUUUCUAGCCCGACUGUUUUCUCCACCAGCAGCCCCACUGAGCAGCCUCUGCCCUCACCUCCCGCCCCGCUGCCUCCAGGACCUGAGUUCCAGACCUACAAGCACAUGGAGGCUGUGUACAUUUCCCUGGUGGCGGUUCUCGGGGGGCUUUGCUUGGUGUUGACUGUGGUGCUGCUUUAUGUGAGCUUCUGCACCAGACGGGCCCCUCAGGACCGAAAGUUCUCCCAGCAGGGGCUGCAUGUCCUGGGCACCUCUGAGAGGAAGAGGAGCUCCCAUCUCGAACUUAAGACCAUUUCCAGCCACUGCAACGGACGCCAAGGUCGUCGGUCCAUCUCGGUGCCAUCCUUCGGGGACUUGGGUGAUGGCUUCCUCCAGAUAGUUCCAGGCGAGGGCCAGUUGUCUCCAACCAAAACACCUCCCCCAGCCCCUCCCCUUCCUAUGCCUCCUCCGCUGCCCAACAUGGACUACGCCAACGGGCUGUCGGCCACUCUGCCCAGCGUGCUGAGGAAGAUGAACGGGAACAGCUAUGUGCUCCUGAGGCAAGGCGACUCCGAGGGCAUGUCGCCGCUCUACCACUCCUUCACAGAGGAGCUCAACAGGAUCCUGGAGAAGAGGAAACACACACAGCUGGACCUGCAGCCUGAUGAGAGCUCCAUCUAGGGCACCCCUCUCAGUGUUUGUCCCGCAGUUAUUUAUUUUUACCCCAACAGUGACCCGUAGUUGUGGGGAGAACUGACCGUUGUAUCAAACGCUGCUGUUAUUUACCCGGUGUCAGAGUACCUGCAGGUCGUGUCCUAACCUGAUCUGAAAUGUGCAGCCUCCUGUGUCUCCCAUGACAAAUGGCCCAUGAUUUCACUUCAACAAUGGACUACACAAACCAGAGACUGCUAUUCAAAAAGUAGAGCUGUGAAAAAAAUUGUUCCAUAGGCUGCACUGUUACAAGAUUACUAGGGAGCUACCUCGGUGUAAACUCUCUAGAGACUGUUGAAAGAUGGUGGUCAGAUGACACAAAAAGGCAAAGGUGCAAAAUAGGACAUGGGUAAAAACAACAAAUCGGGCCAGGAGGUAUUCACGUAUUUUUGAGACUGUGGAAGUGUUCAGGAAGUUUUUAGUGCCAUGUAAUAGUAGCCCUCUACGGAGCUUAAAGAGAUAAUCCACACAAAAUCUCAGUCUGUUGUUCAUUGUUACAUGGCUAAGCCUUAUUUUAAAAUAUGGCCUACCUUCCACCUAAUAUGCCCACAACCUGAGAGCCUGGCCCUGGUCUGGGGUAGAACAUGUUUGACUCAUCCGUAGUCACAGGACUGGACUCACAAAUGUCACGCAAAGUCCAUGUAUGAGGCUGAUGGUGAUAGUGUCUGUCUCAGCUUUUAGUUCUCCUGGUUUUGAGCAGUUCGGGGUCAAUUUAUGGGCAAAAUAACCAAUUGGGCAAAGCCAAUUGACCCUUUCAGAUGGUAUACCAUCUGCAGGUCUCACAUCAGUUGCAUCCCCAAAAUCUCCUCCAACAAAUCCACUAAUCUACCAAACUGAAGGCCUGCUGGAAGACUUAUCAUAACUGCUUUUCUUUAACAAGCUCAAGUAUAUUCAAGCAUUCAAAAAGCAUGUAAUUAAGAUUAUGCUACUAGAAUCAGUUAAAGAAGUUUCAUGCUUUUUUUAACAGUGAAAACUUUAUCCAAAUUAGAAAACCAUUUCUUCAAAUUGGUUGGAUUCAUUGACCAACAGCCUGAACCACCAAGGUAUAUAAUUAAAAAGAAAAAGAAAAUCAGCAAAUCCUCACAUUUGAGAAGCUGAAACCAGCACAUUUGUAUUUUUUUCUUCUUGACUCACAAUGAAUAACAAACUAAUUGUCCUGAAUUAAAUCUGACUAUGAGUCUUUGUCCUCUGGGAAAAAGCAAACUGGUGUCAUUAUACAGCCACCUUUCAAGCUCACAGAAGGUGUUUGAGAUUUUAUGUGGAGUAUCACUUUAGAAAGCCAGUUCUGUUGCAGUGCAUGAGAGCUCAGGUGGUAAGACAAAUCAUGCAUUCCAGUUUAUUUAAACAACUCUUUGUUCGUGUUCCUCUGUUCUUGUGUGAAUUGCAAUAAUUAAAUCACUGUUGCAGCUGUUGGUAGCAAUGUGUUGUGCCAGUGCCAAUGGAAACACUUGUAGCAAACUGUGAAAUAAUUUUGAUUUCUUUUUCCUGGCAUCUUUCUGUUUUUAGCAUCUGUGUAAUAAAGGAGAUACAGCUGUA